GUUCAGAGGGGCGGGGUUGAGAGAGACCUGUGGUAAAUUUAAGCAGGGCAGCUCGAUGAAUUGAUCUCAUUAUCAGAGCACAAUCGGCGCCCGCGGGAUCCUCAACUCUAUCCGCGCACUUGGACAUCUGAAGGACCUUUCGAACGGGACAUUAAUUUGUUCCGCAGAUCAUACAACUCCGACGAACGGACCUUCAAAGGUGCACCCGAAAUUUGGAUCGGCGUAUUUCGCAAUUGAUUGGCCCCGCGUUGCAUAACAAAAUUAAUUAACAGAAUGAACGAAAGUGAUCUCAGCUUGGCUAAGGCUAUGGUUGGCAUGGAACUGAACUCCACAGGCACAAGACACCGGAAAUCAGUCGUGGGACGAGUGCAGGAAAAAGUUUUCAGCAGCCCAACUCAGCGAAAUAAGUGCGAAACGUGCAGCUGCGGCGAGAUGGACCAACAAAAGGCGCAGGAUCGCAGGCGUACCCGAUCAUUAAAUGCUCCCAGUCCAGUGCAGCAGUUUGGCCCUUGUGGUCGUAUCAUGAAAAAUUCUGCUAUGGUGAUGACGAUCCAAGACCCGGCCAGCCAGCGCCUGACAUGGUACAAACCGCCCCUCACCGUGCUGGUGAUAAAGAAAGUGAGGGACGCCUCUGUGCUUCCUCCAUUCGUCCAACUGGUGCACUGGCUCAUCAAGGAGAAAAAUAUGGUGGUGUUUGUGGAGAACUCGGUCAUGGAUGACUCGAUGCUUCAGGCAAACAGCAGCUUCCAAGUCGUCAAGGACAAGCUAAUGACAUUUCAAGAUGGCAAAGAUGAUUUGACAGACAAAAUCGACUUCAUCAUCUGCUUGGGAGGGGACGGCACCUUGCUCUAUGCCAGCUUGUUAUUUCAACAAUCAGUGCCACCUGUGAUGGCCUUCCACCUUGGAUCUCUUGGCUUCUUGACUCCAUUUGAGUUUGAGAACUUCCAGGAGCAAGUGACCAAUGUCCUGGAAGGCUACGCAGCCUUGACCCUGCGCAGUCGUCUCCGCUGCAUCAUCAUGCGGAAGGACGACGAAAAGGGCCACGUUCCAUCUACCAAUCUUUUGGUGCUAAACGAGGUGGUCAUCGACCGAGGACCCUCGCCCUACCUGUCGAACAUUGACCUCUACCUGGACGGAAAACACAUCACCUCCGUGCAAGGCGACGGUCUGAUUGUGUCAACUCCUACUGGUAGCACCGCCUACGCAGUCGCAGCAGGCGCCUCAAUGAUCCACCCCAGUGUGCCUGCCAUCAUGGUCACUCCUAUUUGUCCUCACUCGCUAUCGUUCAGACCCAUCGUCGUACCUGCUGGCGUGGAACUGAAGAUUUCAGUGUCUCCUGACAGCAGAAACACAUCUUGGGUUUCAUUCGAUGGCAGAAACAGACAAGAAUUGAGACACGGUGACAGUCUCCGAGUGACCACCUCCAUUUACCCUGUGCCUUCAAUCUGCGCCCAAGACCAGAUAUCCGACUGGUUUGACUCUUUGGCCGAGUGUCUUCACUGGAAUGUUAGGAAGCGGCAGAAGCACCUGGAUGAACUCUCGGACCUCACUCAGUCAAGUUCCAACGACACGCUUGACUCGCUGGAGCAGUCGGAACAGAUUGAUAGUUAAAUGGGAGCUAAAACUACAAGCAAAGUUAUAACACAAAGUUUUGCGUGGUCUUGAUAGUUAUUUGGAAAAGUCUUGAUCAUCACCUUCAACCUUUGGAGUUUGGGCUCUUUCUCUUUUGAGAAUUGAUUCUGCUUUUGAGCAGUCCACCGUGACGCAUGUUGUUCUCUUCCAAAUUCUUCUUUGAAUGUCAUGUAGCAUUUAGUAUAUCAAACGUGUGGACCAAAAUUUUGUUAUAUUUUUAUACUUUGCCACCACUGUAUUGUAUUGUAACACAUUUUGUGGCUACAAAAAGAUGUAGCGAUUAAAAAAGAUAAAUAGCAAUAUUGAAAAUUAUGCCCAUGAUCAUGCUAUUAGUUCAAGAGGUA